AUGAAUCCGAUGGAAAAACGAAUGAUGCUGUGGCGGAAGAAGAAGAAGCGAGCAAAAGAUGGCGGCGAUGAUGAUGCGAUACCCAAUCACGGUAUCAUCACGAAAUCUGUAAAUAUAUUCAAAUUAGAUAGAAACGAAGAUAUUCUUCCAGUAUUAACAAAUUUCGAUCCUUUUACGGCAAUCGAAGAAGAUUCGGAAGAUUGCUCGAAUCCACUGACAAAUUCCGACAUUUUAAAUUCCCCAGCGGACGAAUCUCCAUUUUCGCAAUCGUUAGAGAAGACAAAAGAUUGGGAAAACGCAGGGGAGCCAACGUUGAAAAUCAUAGAGGAAACGAACGCAGAAAGUAAUGAUGUUGUUAUUGUAAACAAAUCGAACGAUGUUAUGAGAAAAUUGUUUACACAAACAAUAUCAAAUGAAAAUUCGGAUGAUUUCACCGAGCAAAAUUACGAACAAGAAAACGAUGAAGAAGGAUCAAAAUUAUGCGUAGAUGAAAGUAUGAACGCCGCCAGGUCCCAAAAUAAUUUCAUUACACCGAACCCAUCGAGUUUCGUUUCAAUUGAUAAAAUUGAAGUUGACGAAUUUUUCUCAUCGGAAGAUAUACUAAAGGACGAUGAAGGAGAAAUUGAAGACUUAUCAAACGGCAAAACGCGUGAGGAGGGAAAACAUGACAAAAAUGGUGUAUGGACCACCGUUGAAGAAGUUUUGAAAGCUCAACCAGAAAAUUUCGAACUGGAGGGCGAUUCCGGUUAUGUUAACGUAACUAACGAGUGUGAUGAUAAUAAUAAAAAUAACAACAUUGUAAAUAAUUCUACUAAAGAUGAUUUUGUCGGACUAACAGAUUCUCAAGUUAACGGAUUUUCAGAUUCAGGUUCAGAACUUUUCGCUUAA